AAAUUCACACAGCACANAAAGAUCGAAAUCACACUCUGAUCUGAUAUCCCAAUGGAGAAAAGGCAGCUGGAUUUCAAUGCACCCCUUCUAUCCGCACGGCGUUUAUCGUCCCCACGUAACUCAUUCGAGCUCGUCCAUCGAAAACCCGUCGAGAAACGGGCCCCACCUGAAGAGAGCCCAACCAAACCGGCCGCUGUCCCAUUCAACUGGGAACAAAUCCCUGGACGGGCCAAGAACGAGCCCAAACCCAAACCCAAAGCCCGCUUUCCGGGUCAGGCCCACUCUGGCGAGCCCAAAUCCAACCAUGGGCCCACCAACCAGACCAUCUACAUCAACCAGCACGCCAGCCUCAUCGAGAAACUAGACGAGAGCUUCAACUGCAAAGACGAGUCCGAAUAUUCGGACACAAUAAACGCGCUCUCGCUGAACGAUUCAUGCAGCAGCGUUAACAGCAGCGUGAGACCUUCCGGAAUGUUCUCGGUGGUGGACGAGCAGACUCGGGACUUCAUGAUGAGCCGGUUCUUGCCGGCGGCGAAGGCGGUGGUGGUGCUGGAGAACCCUCAAUACGCAGCCAAGAAGACAGUGGUGGGGCCCACGGACGAGGGAGUUGUUAAGGAGGUUAAGAAAAAAGUGGUUUCGUAUUAUGGGACAGAGGAUUUUGAUGGUGGGGAGAGUGAGGAUGAGGAGGAUGAUGGGGAGAGGGGUACUCUAGUGCCAGUUGUCAAGAAGGCGGGGGCUGGGAAGUCGUGGGGAAUUAUCCCCCGCAUAUGCGUGAAGAGAUCGAUGUGCCUGCUGAAACCGAUACCUGCUAUGAAGUCAAGUAGCCGUCACCCGACACCUACGGCUGGCGAGGAGAGGAGGUUGAGGAGGAAUCCGUUCAGUGGGCCCCUUGACAAGGGUGUGAUUUCUGAUGGAGGUUUAGCUGAAAAUUAUAUGAACGGCCUCCAACUCCACCCUCCGCCAAAAAAGUACCACUCGGGUUUUCUCUCUCCCGACAACAACAACAACAAUAACAACAGCAAAUCGAGCAGUCACGACUCAUACCCUCUCCUCAGCUCCCGAGAAUCCCCCCUCAGACGCUACCCAAGCAGGAGCAUCCCAAAAGAGAUGGACACUAAAAUAGCCUCGUCACGUAAAAUGUUCAAUGCCCUGCUUGAUGUGUCGUCCCAAAAGAACCAAGCUACCGUGGAAAAAACAUUGUACGUGGAUUCUGUGAGUAAAACUGCCAGUUCAAAGUAUGCGGAUGAGGUUAAGGAUGUUAAGAAGUAUUUGAGUGGUGGUGUGGGGUUAUUAGGGGUAAAAGAGGAAAUUGAUGGGUUUGGUGGGAGUUGUGGGCCCGUGCCGCCGCCUCUGCUGAAGUCGCCAUCCGAGUCUUGGCUGUGGCGGACAUUGCCGUUUGGUCAGUCGAGAAGGCACUUGUCGAGAGAUCAAAUUCGUUGAACCAGCUUUAUUCGGAGGAGCUCAUACCAAAGAAAAUCCUAGUAAAAUAUACAUCAUUCAUUCAGAGUUUCAUACAUAAUAUGUGUCUUUGGAGUGUCUGAUUUUCAUCCUGCUGAUGAUUUGAGAGAAAAAUAAAUAAAUAAAAACCCUCCCAUUGCUAGCUUCACAUCUCUCUUUCCUGUUUUGAGGGAAAUAUGGUACAAAAGAUGAUGGGAUUUGAACUGCAAAGAUACAAAGUUUUGUUGCCUUGUAGUUAGGUUUUUAAGUCAAUGAUGUGUACAAACAAAAGAUGAAAGAGCCAUUUUAUACAUGUACGGUAAUUGUGUUGUGACAUGCUUUACAUACUAAAAGUUUAUGUAUAAGUAGGAGAUUGUUGGAAUAUACUGUAAAGCAAGUUUUUAUGUGAGCUGUGAGGUUUCAGAAUAUGUUUGUUACUCAUUUCCCAAUGGACUGAAAUACAUGUUUUCAUAUUGUUGUGCUUUAUGAUUGUUUGUCUGACUAAUUAUCUUAUAGUGUGGACAAUGUGGUGUAUUAGUAAUCAGACAAAAGAUUACAUUGUUGGGGUAUUGUUGGUAUGUAGCUUAUUGUUGGUAUGGUUUAUAUAUUGACAAAGGAAG